UUUUCCAAUUGCUCAUAAAUCACCAUAAGUUUCCCAUCCGAAAACCCUAAUCCCUCACAACAUCACCAAUCAAAGCACACAACCAUGGCGAUCGACAAACCAGAACCCAGUUCGGCUUCCAACAAGAACUCAUCCACAAACAAGCUCCGGUGGUCGGAAGUCGAAGAGGAAGACGACUCCGCCACCGUGGACCUCAGGUUCCUCCUCCCUCCCCCGCGAGUAACCGGUCCGGACAAGAACGGGAUCAAGAAGGUGGCGGAGUACACGCUCAAUGAACAGGGGCAUAGAGUCAGGGUCACUACUACUACUCGCGUCCGGAAGGUGGCCAGCGCUCGGGUUAGUAAGCGUGCUGUGGAGAGGAGGGGGUGGGCUAAGUUUGGCGAUGCUGUUGAUGAGGACGUUGGGAGCCGGCUCACUAUGGUUUCCAGGGAGGAGAUUGUGCUUGAGCGACGGAGAGACUCUGGUGAGAAAGCCGAAGAAGCCAAGAGUAGCGGAGAUUCACUGGCACAGCUUGGCAAAGGAGCUGCUCUGAUGGUGUGCAGGAGUUGCGGUAUGAAGGGCGACCAUUGGACGGCGAGGUGCCCUUACCCAGGUCUUGCUCACCAAACCCAACUCUUAACGAAUGAUACACCUCCUUCGACAGACGCAGUAGCCGCGGCUUCGUCCUCCAGCCAAGGUACCUCUUACGUGCCACCAAGCAGGAGGGAAGGUGCCAAGAGAAGCGUAAUUGGAUCGGAUAUGAGGAGGAGGAACGACGAUUACACUAUCAGGAUCGACAACCUCUCGGAAGACACUCAGGACUCUGACUUGGUUGACCUCUGCCACCCUUUCGGGCAAGUGCUUCGCGCUAAUGUUCCGAAGGAUUACGCAACCGGCUCGGGCAGAGGUUAUGGUUACGUCAACUUUCUGCGCCGGGAAGACGCGGAGAGAGCUAUUAACAAACUCGAUGGCUAUGGGUAUGACAAUCUCAUCCUUAGAGUUGAGUGGUCUGCACCAAGAGCAAACUAGCUGCGUACAAAUUUUUUUGCUAAAAUGAAGAGUUUUGUUAGAGAUGAAGCUGAUAUGGUACUGGUUAUGGUAUUC